UUCUGAAGUACAUACAUGUUUCACUCAUGCUAAAAAAAUGUGUACACAAUGAUUACCCAUCUUGCAAAAUAAAAUGUGUACACAGUGAAGUACAUACAUGUUUCACCCAAAUUUACAUCUCUCCGGCCACCAUCUUCUUAAACCCACCACCACCAAAUGGCCAACCGGAAAAACCCACCACCACCCUCCGGCCGGACAAAUCUAGCUUCAUGUAUAGUAGCAACAAUCUUCUUACUCUUCAUAACAACCCUCAUUCUCAUAAUCUUCUUCACAUUAUUCAAACCCAAACCACCAACCAUCACCAUUUCCGCCGUCCAACUUCCGUCAUUCUCCGUCACCAACUCCACCGCCGUCACGGUCACGUUGACUAUCUCCCACUACAUCACCGUCACUAACUCCAACCACGGCGUGUUCACACACUACGACAGCUCGUUACAGCUUUUGAACGCCGGGAACCAAAUGUGGUUCAUGUUUGUCCCUUCCGGCAAGAUUGGAGCUCGCCGGAAAGUCUACAUGGCUGCUACAUUUGAUGUUGAGGGUUUUCCGGUGGAGUUGAAGGAUAAUGGGUUGAAUGGGUUUCGGGUCGGGCAGAGUUUGGAGAUUGAGACGAAGAUGGAGAUGGCGGGUCGGGUCAGGGUUAUGCAUUUUUUUACACAUUACGUGGUGGUCAAAGUUGAAUGUAAAGUUGCUAUUGGUGUUAAUGAUGGAUCUGUUGUAGGUUUUCAUUGUUAAUUACAAUAGUCUUUUGUAUGUGUGUAUUUUCAUGUUUU